AUGGUCGAGUCCGCAGCCGCGACACCCUCCGCCCCCGUCGCAAAUACGCCAGCAGAAGCAGGCGGGCAAGGGCAAGGCUCAGGAGCAGGCGAUACAAACGUUCAAACACAGCAAAGCCAAUCAACGAACCAGAACCAAAACCAAACCCAAACAAAUAACAAUGCCUCAUCAGCGACAACAGCCAACAAUAACAGUAACGGCAACAGUAACAGCAACAACGAAAACCAGCCCCCAGACCAACGCCCAAACCGCGGCCUGCCGUACUACGAAAAACUCCGCCGUGAGCUGCGCGAUACAAUACAGAAGAAGAGGCUGAUGGAUAAGACCAUGGCCCAGCUAGAAGACCAAAUCUACCGGUUCGAACAAUCAUAUCUCGAAGAAACCACCGCCGGAAACAUCAUCAAGGGUUUCGACACCUACAUCAAGGGCUCCUCAACAGGGUCGAGCCUAGGCGCGAGCGGAAUCUCACUGGGCUCAUCGGGCGUCGGCACCGCAUCAAGACGUAAGGCCGCCGUGACGGAUAAUGACCGUGUAUUCUCGAAGAGCUCCGCGAGUUUUAUGCGUGAUUCACCAGUCCCUUCGGCACAAACAACGCCAUCGCAAGCACCGACGCCGAACUCAACAUAUAAUGGAUCGACCGGGAAGCCAGGCAAUGGUGGGGAUACGUCGUCUGCAGGCGGGAGUGUAAAGGGAAGCUCGUCAUCGAAGAACAAGAAGAAGUCUGCGUCUGCGAAUAAAGGGGAUGACGAUGAUGAUGACAAGCCGCCUACGAAGCGGCUGAAAAUUAGUUAUGGGAGAGAUUAA